AUGCACACCCACACCUUACCAAUUUCAAUCCGCCAAUCCAUACUCCGCUCACCACGCUCACACACAUCAACCUCAAUACCAAAGUCUCGCACACAUGUAUUCUGCCGCCACGCCUCCGACAUAUCCCCCUCCCGCAUCAUAAGGCCUCUCGUCCCUCCUCCCCGCGAAGGCUCCGGGCCCCUGUUAUCUCGCCGCCCCGACCGCGAAUUACCCAACGUAUCCCGCACGUCAAUAUGGCUCAAAACCUUGCCCUUCUUUUUUGUGCUUAUAGGUCUUUCCUCCGUCGCCAUCUUCAAUUACCAGAAAUCCACCAGUUCAACAGUCAAUUCCAUCUUGUACGCUUUACGGACCAACGAACAUGCCCGCGCUCUAUUAGGCGAUGAAAUUUACUUCGCGAGCAAGAUCCCGUGGAUCCAAGGCGAAUUGAGUCCACUGCAAGGAGUCAUCGAGAUUACAUUUUGGGUGAAAGGGACGAAAGCUACGGCCCAAACAAAGUUCGUGUCAAUACGGAAGGGGGGAAAAGAGUACUUUGAGACACUUGAGUGGAGUUUAAAGACGGCAGAUGGGGAGGUAGUUCAGUUGCUGGAGAUGGAGGGCACGAGGGAUCCGAUUUCUGGGAUGAAUGUCGAGUCAUAG